ACUGUCACUUGGGUCGCGAUCAUAAACACAGAAGUCGGAGUCCCAGAAGAAGCAGUACCAUCCGAAACUCGCAUGGUCGUUGCGGAUAACAUGACAAUGACAAUCCGACCAUCAAACUGGCAGGAAGGAAUUCAACGUAUGCCCGGUUUGAACUUUAAUUCACGAAGAAUACUCUGCUCAAAACUCUCCAGGUCGCACUCGGCAUCACCAAGAGGACGUUCAUCAAGAUAUGACAGAAGGAACGAUCGUGGGCCGUAUCAUAGUCGUCAUUCGCACGGUCAUUCGAGAAGGGCUGCGGAUGACGAGAGGGAUGAGCAUAGAAAUGGAAGUAGACGUAGUGGGCGGUAUUGGUAA